AUGCAGGCAGGGAGAUGUGGAGAUGGAGGUGCUGAAGAAAAGGGAUCGAUAGGUUUAUGGGUACUGGAGAUGAGGUCAGUGGGUCCUGGAGAUCGGGCAAGGCUGGUGCUAUGUGGAGGAUUAAUAAAGAAAAUGAAGUCUAGCAACAAAUCUGAGAUGAUUCGGCUGUGGAUUUGCUUGGUGGGUGCAGAAGUUGUAGUCUUCAGUUGUGGGAAGGAAGAGAGAGAAGCUCUUUUGAGUCUAAACUCCGGUCUCCGCUUCCCUUUCUCUUGGGAGUGGGAAGGAACCGAUUGUUGUCAAUGGAAAAGGGUUGAGUGCAACGCCACCACAGGGAGAGUAGCCAAACUCGACCUUUCUUGCUGGUACUGUGGUUCUACUGCAUAUGAGAUGGAUCCAUAUUUUAGUGGGUACUUAAACUCGGAUUUUGCUGUUUUUAAAGAUUUGAAGAGUCUCAACUUGUCAAACAGUAUGAUAGUUGGUUGUGCAGACAACGAUGAAGGCUUGAAAAAUCUGGAAGUACUUGACUUGAGUUAUAAUGACUUGAAUAAUGGAGCCAAAAUUCUCUCUUGCUUGGAUGGGCUUUCAUCUCUAAAGUCUCUAUAUUUAGCAUUUAACAGCCUCGAUGCAUCUUCCUUGCACGAUUUUGAAACUCUGUCAUCAAAGGUGCGUAAUCUGGAGGUCCUUGACAUUAGUUACAACCCAUUGACUAAUGAAAUCCUGCCAUUUAUUGGGCGAUUCUCAUCUUUGAAGGAGCUGUAUUUGGCUAGAACUAAAUUGGACUCAGAUCUUCAUAUUCAAGGUUUAUCUUCAACACUGAUGAAUCUUGAGGUCCUUGACUUGUCAGAAAACAACUUCAAUGACAGUGACAUUGCAUAUGCUCUUAGUGGGCUUUCAUCCCUCAAGUCUCUGUCUUUAGAAGAUAUCCAGUUGACUCGGAAAUCAAUUUUCAGUAUAUCAAAACUGAGUUCUUUGGAGAUCCUUGACUUAGCUAGAAACCAGUUGAAUGAGAGUAUCCUGUGGCGCCUAGGAAAUGAUGGAUUUACAUGGCCAACUGGUUUACAAGUCCUUCGGUUGAAUGGAAACCGAUUCCUUAACAAAGUUUUUUCUUCUCUAACCGGGUUACCUUCUCUCAAAUCUCUUGAUUUAAGUAAUAAUCAAUUAGAAGGAGCACUAGAUAUAAGUGGAUUAUCGAUUUUGACCAGUUUGAAGAUUCUCGAUCUAAGGUUUAAUCAAAUCAACAAUUUUGUGGUCCAUCGAGGCUUACAAAGUAUAAGCACAUUGGAUGUCCUUGCUUUAGAUGGGAAUGCGAUAGAUGGAAAAAAGCUAAGCAAGUCCUUACCAACUUUACCAUCUCUUAAGGUGCUUUCUCUGACUCAGAUUCCAUUUAAGGGAGCAAUUAUUGCUCGAGAUUUUCGUGAUCUGAAAAACCUAGAACGCUUGGUCUUGGAUGGAAGUUCUAACCUGGAAAGUGAAUUUUUUGAAAGUAUUGGAGAUUUGACUUCUUUGAAAGUUUUGUCUCUUUCCGAAUGUGAUAUAAAUGGCACACUUCCUGCGGCUGAUUGGUUUAAGCUGAAAAAGCUAGAAGAGUUAAAUCUAAUCUUUAAUAAAUUUGAGGGGCCACUUCCCGCAACUUUUGUAAACAUGACGUCUCUUCGAAUAUUGGAAUUAUCUCAAAAUAACUUCAUUGGAAAUUUUGCUUCUAACCUUGCAAGUCUUACUUCACUUGUAUAUUUUGGUUUUAAAGAAAACCAAUUUGAGGUCCCUAUUUCUUUCGCACCAUUUGCCAAUCAUUCAAAUCUCAAGUUCAUUUAUGGUGAAGGCAACAAAGUCAUUAUGGACUCACAGCCUUUCUUGCAAACUUGGAUUCCAAAAUUUCAAUUACAAGUACUUAGUUUGUCUUCAACAACAGAGGCUAAUUCCAUUCCUUUCCCUAAUUUUCUUCUAUAUCAAUAUAACAUAACUAGUCUGGAUUUUACCAGUUGCUUGUUGGAAGGAGAGUUUCCUCACUGGUUGUUGGAGAAUAACACACAAUUGACAGAAAUUCUUUUGAGAAAUUGCUCUUUUACUGGUAAUUUUCAGCUACCAUCACGGCCUCUUCCCAAGAUAAGGAAGAUUGAUGUGUCUGACAAUAUUAUAACUGGUCAGCUAUUUAGCAGCAAUAUCAGUUCAAUCUUUCCAAAUUUGCAAUUUCUGAACAUGUCUAUAAAUGACAUCCAAGGUUCAAUUCCUCAUGAAUUCAGCCAAAUGCACUUAUUGGAUACAUUGGAUCUCUCAUAUAAUAAUUUGUCAGGAGAAAUACCAAAGAACAUAUCUGGUUACAGGUCUCAGCUCAAGUAUUUGAAACUUUCCAACAAUAAGCUACAUGGACCCGUGUUUCCUACUUUGUCGAGUUUGAAGAACUUGGAAGAAGUGUAUUUUGACGGCAAUAGUCUUUCUGGAAGUAUAUAUAGGUUUUCUGCUGCAUCAUUGAUGGCCUUGGAUAUAAGCAAUAAUCAUUUAGUGGGAAAGCUACCAAGUGUGAUUGGAAAUUUGUCGAAAUUGGUAGUGCUUUCACUGUCCAACAAUGAUCUUGGAGGACCUAUUUCAACAAGAUUUGUGGAACUGGAAGAUCUAGCAUAUCUAGAUAUCUCACAAAAUAAUUUCUCUGGUUUGUUACCAUCUUUUGCCAAUCCUUUCCUGAGAUUCAUCCACAUGAGCAAUAAUAUGUUUACUGGCUUGUCCAAAUCGACUUUCAAUAGUUCUUCAUUGGUGAUUCUUGACCUUAGUUACAAUAAAAUAACCAGUAACAUUCAAGAUACGAUCUUAGAACUUGAAAAAUCACCAUUGCACAUUCUCAUAUUGAAAGGUAAUCACUUUUCAGGACAUAUACCACAACAGUUAUGCCAGCUGAAAGAAUUGUUUAUACUAGACCUUUCUUGUAAUAAUUUUUCUGGUUUGGUACCCAAUUGCUUGGGUAAAAUGCCUUUCGAGAUCGACAACAGUGCGGCAUUAGGUAUUGAUGGUGUCCUUCCUGCUACUGGUUAUAGCAGAUGGGGAAAGUCAUUUCCAAUCGCAAAAGCAAAAGUGAACUUCACUACAAAGAAAAGAUCCUACACUUAUAAAGGGUAUAUCCUUGCUUAUAUGUCUGGAAUUGACUUGUCCAAUAAUAAAUUAAAUGGGAAUAUUCCAUCCGAAUUUGGAAAGUUGACAAGAAUUCGAACAUUAAACUUGUCCCACAAUGAUUUUAACGGACAAAUUCCAGCUUCAUUUUCCAAUUUGGUACAAAUAGAGAGUUUGGAUCUUUCUUCUAACAAGUUGACUGGUCAAAUUCCCCCUCAACUAAGUGAGUUAUCCUUUCUUGCUGUAUUUAGUGUAGCACAUAAUAACUUAUCUGGUGAAACACCCGAAAGAAAAGGCCAGUUUAUUACCUUUGAUGAAAGCAGUUACGAGGGUAAUCCUUUUCUUUGUGGACCGCCACUGCCGAAAAGUUGCAAUCCUGAUUAUAGACAACCACAUGUUAUUCCAUCAAACACCUCUUACACUGAUGGGGAAAACUGCAGUUUCGUUGAUAUGUUUGCCUUCUGGAUAUGUUUUGGUGUGUCGUACACAUCAGUAUUGUUGGUAAUUGCAGCAACUCUCUAUAUUAAUCCUUACUGGAGGCGAACGUGGUUUUAUUAUAUAGAAUUGGUCUGCACAAAUUGUUACUACUUUCUUGAGGACCAUAUUUUGCUCAAGUUUUCAAAUUGUACAACGUCAUAA